AUACGUGUUUUUUCUAAAAUGGAACGUUACUUUACAAGCAGCACUCCCCUUUAAAGAAACAGCACAGGAGCAGAGUUUCUAAACACAAAGGCAAGUGCAACUGUGCAAGAUGAAGACGAUGAUAAUGAUAGUGAGGAGGGCUUUCACCACCUGCUUCAAUUCAAACACUCUUCUUCCAUCCCCCAGUCAAGGUACUAAUACUGUUACUGCUACUACUACUAUUACGUUGCUUCGAUUGCAUUCACUUUCUCAGCCAUCCACUUACCCUAACCCUAAUCACAUACCCACUCAUCACACGGAACUUCAACAAUUACUUAACGAGAAAUGUAAGCUUGGUUUUGAUAAGCUGGAUGAUGCUCUUGUUGUGUUUGAUAAAAUGCUCCGUAUGAAGCCUCUUCCUACUGUCAUCCACUUUACUCAACUCUUGGCCGCCCUUGUCAAGACGAAACAUUACUCCGCGGCUGUCUCCGUCUUUUCAAAAAUGUGCUCUUGUAGCAUUCCUGUUAAUAUAAUUACUUAUAACACCGCCAUCAACUGUUGUUGCCACUUCAAACGAGUUGAUUGUGGCUUUGCGCUGUUGGCUGCCAUCUUUAAGCGUGGUUUUGUCCCGGAUGUCGUUACCUACACAACGCUUCUCAGGGGACUCAUUUCCCAGGACAAGUUUCUCGAGGCUGAGCUUAUGUUCAAGAACCUUCUCAAGUGCAAUCAGAUUCAGCCUAAUGCAGUUAUCUUUAACACCAUUAUCAAUGGCCAGUGCAAAACAGGCAACACUUCCCAGGCUGUGAUGUUGCUUAGAUACAUGGAGAACAAAGGUUGUAUGCCGGAUGUAGUAACUUAUAGCACUGUUAUUGAUGGUUUGUCCAAAGACAGAUUAGUUGAUGAAGCUCUGGGUCUUCUUGCCGAAAUGAGUGACAAAAGCAUUCAACCAAGUGUUGUAUCCUAUAACUCAUUAAUUCAUGGUAUGUGCAACCUCAGUCGGUGGGAUGAUAUUAUACAAUUGUUAAAUGAUAUGGACAGACACAAAAUUUCUCCAGAUGAGCAUACCUACAGUAUAUUGGUUGAUGCACAUGCCAGAGAUGGAAAGGUCAAAGAUGCUCAAUAUCUGAUAGAGUUGAUGAUUCAAAGAGGCCAAAAUCCUAAUGUAGUCACCUACAGUGCACUUAUGGAUGGAUACUGCUUGAGAGGAGAAUUGAAUAAAGCGUUAGCAGUGCUCAGAACCAUGACAAGUAAGGGGAUUUUGCCCAACACUCGUACUUAUAGUAUAUUGAUUAAUGGUUAUUGUAAGAAGAUGAAAGUAGACACAGCAAUACAUCUCUUAGAAGAAAUGCCCCUGAAAGGUUUAACACCUACAGUUGAAACAUACAGUACUAUUUUGGAUGGCUUAUUUCGUACGCGUAGGCUUGAUGAAGCACAUAAGUUUUAUAAGAAGAUGUUAAACAAAGGUGUUAAACUGAAUGUAGUGACAUGCGGCAUCUUGUUGCAUGGACUUUGCUGGAAUGGACUUGUUGGUGAAGCAAUGUCCAUGUUUCACAAGAUGGAGUCAUGUGGCUUAGUUCCUGACAUAUGCAUUUAUAAUAUUCUGAUUAAUGGGUUAUUCAGGGACAACAAGGUUGACAAGGCAAGAAACCUUUAUCAUAAUCUUCUUUUGAAGGGUUUACAGCCUACUGUCAUAACCUACAACAUUAUGAUACAAGGAUUCUGUCAUGAAGGGUUGCUGGAAGAAGCAUAUAAAACACUUUUGGAAAUGGAAGAAAACAAUUGCUUGGCUAAUGGAGUUACAUACAACACUCUUAUUCGCGGCUGCUUUAAGAAUAAGAUGUAUCAUGGAGGUUGUGUGCUUAUAGAUGAGAUGGUUGCUCAUGGUUUCAAAGCAGAUGCCUCUACCGCCUCCAUGCUAUUCGAUUUGCUGCAAUUAAAAGAGCAGGACCCUGCGCUCCUUGCUUUGCAGAAGAAGUUCAUGCCUAUAAUCUUUGGUCAAAAUUUAGUCAAUUUGACCAACACUCGUACUUAUAAUAUAUUGAUCAAUGGUUAUUGUAAGAAGAUGAAAGUAGACACAGCAAUACAUCUCUUAGAAGAAAUGCCGAGGGCAGGUUUAACACCUACGGUUGAAACGUACAAUACUAUUUUGGAUGGGUUAUUUCGUACGCGUAGGCUUGAUGAAGCACAUAAGUUUUAUAAGAAGAUGCUAAAGCAAGGUCUUAAACUAGAUAUAGUGACAUGUCGUACCUUGCUACAUGGACUUUGCUGGUAUGGACUUGUUGUUGAAGCAAUGUCCCUGUUUAACAAGAUGAAAUCAUGUGGCUUAGUUCCUGACAUACAAAUUUAUACUAUUCUGAUUCAUGGAUUGUUCAAGGACGGCAAGGUUGACGAGGCAAGGAACCUUUUUCAUAAUCUUCUUUUGAAGGGUUUACAGCCUGAUGUCAUAUCCUACAACAUUAUGAUACAAGGAUUCUGUCAAGAAGGGUUGCUGGAAGAAGCAUAUAAAAUACUUUUGGAAAUGGAAGAACACAAUUGCUUGCCUAAUGAAGUUACCUACAACACUCUUAUACGCGGCUGCUUGAAGAAUAAGAUGUAUGAUGGAGGUUGUGUGCUUAUAGAUGAGAUGGUUGCUCAUGGUUUCAAAGCAGAUGCCUUUACCGCCUCCAUGCUAUUCGAUUUGCUGCAAUUAAAAGAGCAGGACCCUGCGCUCCUUGCUUUGCAGAAGAAGUUCAUGCCUUGACUACAUCAAUGAGCGAGUUUAUUAAGGAAGCUGGUUUCUCAGGAGAUGCAUACCACCUGUAUAUUACCAAAACUUCAACGAGUGCCACUUGAGUACAUCAAGGAGAGAGUUUAUUAAGAUGCAUCUACCACCUCCAUGCUAUUCAAUUUGCUGCAAUCAAAAGAGCAGGACCCCGCGCUCCUUGCUUUGCAGGAGAAGUUCAUGCCUUGAGUACAUCAAUGAGAGAGUUUAUUAAGAUGGACACUUGGAAUGGUAGCAUUACUGGUUAAUAUUUGUAGCAGUUCUGCAAAAGAAGCACAGAUCUGGUGCAUCAUGGGGAAUGUCAAGCGCAGAAAACCAAGGUGUUAAACUGGAAUAUAGUGACAUGCAGAAUCUUGUUGCCUGGACUUUGCUGAAAUGGACUUGUUGUUGAAGCAAUGUCCGUGUUUCACAAGAUGGAGUCAUGUGGCUAAUUAGUUCCUGAUUUACGCAUUUAUAAUAUUCUGAUUCAUGGAUUGUUCAAGAAUGGCAAAGUUGAUGAAGCAAGAAAUCUUUUUCAAAAUAUUCUUUUAAAGGGUUUGCGCCCUAGUGUCAUAUCUUACAACAGUAUGAUACAAGGAUUCUGUCAAGAAGGGUUGCUGGAAGAAGCAUAUAAAAUACUUCUGGAGAUGGAAGAACAGAGUUGCUUCCCUAAUUAAAUUACGGGCAACACUCUUAUCCCCGGCUGCUUUAGGAAUAAGAUUUAUGAUGGAGGUUGUGUGCUUAUAAAUGAUAUGUCAUAUGUGUGUUCAUGGUUUCAAAGCAGAUGUCUGUACCAGCUCCACGCUAUUUGAUUUGCUGCAAUCAAAAGAGCAGGUCCUGCUCUUUUUGCUUUGCAGAAGAAGUUCAUGCCUUAACUACAUCAAUGAGCAAGUUUAUUAAGAGGUGGAUAACGAGCUGUACGAGACGAGGCAAGUUGGAGAUGAAAGGAGUUGCUUAAAAUUGGAUUUGGACACCGUUUUCCUCGCGUUGUCGAGGCGAGUUCAAUUCUCCUUAUCUACUCCGGAGACGAGUUCUCGCUAUCCCAACUCGUGUACAACUUGGCGAGUUGAGCAAGUUCUAUGAAUUACUACAAUUUUUUUUUAAAUGAUGUAUAUAGCUUACAAAUAUAUCUUUAACUGAUAUAACCUACAAAAAUAAUGUAUACACUCCCUCUGUGUGUCUAGAUUGUUUAACUUAGUGGACGGGGGGCUUGACACACAUUUUAAGAAUCCUGUAAAGUGUAGUUUCACAA